CAUCUUUGUUUGGUUGCUCCUCCUUUCCCCACGUUUUUGUAGCUUUUUGCCUCUGUUGGAGAAGAGAAAGGCGGUACAACGUACGGCCUUCUGUUGUAAAGGUUUCGUUCAUUUCCAAACGCUUAAGAAACUUAAGUGGAUUAUUCUGGAGGAGUCUUUUAAGGGUUCGUUGUUGGUUUUCCUUUCCUUGGAGUUUGGGUGCGUUUGCCCAGCUCCUGUCUUUGUAAUUGCUUCGUAGUGCGUUAGGAGGUUUGAAAAAUGACGCAGUUUCUACCUCCGAACUUAUUGGCUUUGUUUGCUCCCCGUGAUCCUAUUCCAUAUCUGCCUCCAUUGGAUAAACUUCCCCAUGAAAAACACCAUAAUCAGCCAUACUCUGGGAUUGCUCCUUACAUUAAGGACUUUGAGGAUCCUCGAGAUGCCCCCCCACCUACUAGAGCAGAAACAAGAGAGGAGCGCAUGGAACGGAAGAGAAGGGAGAAGAUUGAAAGAAGACAACAAGAGAUAGAAAAUGAGUUGAAGUUGUGGGAUCCACAUAAUGACCCAAAUGCACAAGGAGAUGCUUUCAAGACUCUGUUUGUUGCCAGAAUAAAUUAUGAUACAACAGAAUCUAAACUGAGGAGAGAGUUUGAAGGUUAUGGACCUAUUAAAAGGAUACACAUGGUAUAUAACAAACGAAGUGGAAAACCACGAGGAUAUGCAUUUAUUGAGUAUGAACACGAGAGGGACAUGCACUCGGCAUACAAACAUGCAGAUGGAAAAAAGAUCGAUUCAAGAAGAGUGCUGGUCGAUGUGGAGCGAGGGCGGACAGUGAAAGGAUGGCAUCCCCGAAGACUUGGUGGUGGUCUGGGUGGCACCAGAAGAGGUGGUGCUGAUGUCAACAUAAGACACUCUGGUAGAGAUGACGCAUCUAGGUAUGAUGAAAGGGACAGGGAACGAGAGCGAGAAAGAGAUCGUAGAGAGCGUAGUGAACGCAGCAGAGAGAGAUUGCCAGAAAAAGAACGUCGCAGAAGCCGUUCACGGGAGCGGCGACGUAGGUCACGUUCAAGAGACAAGGAGGAAAGGAAACGUAGUCGUGAGAAGAGCAGAGAGAAAGAUAAAAAAGAAGACAAAGAUCGUGACCGUAAACGCAGGAGUCGCAGUAGAGAUCGUAAGCGUGACAGAGAUCGUGACCGUGAGAAAAAAGAAGAUCGUCCUGAGGGUGAAGUGCAGCCCGAAGCAGUUGAAAUCCCUGCAGAAGAUGCCCAAUUGGCUGAGUUGCCUGUGGAUGGUAUAGAUGUUAAAACUGAACCUGAAGAAAAGAAUAAAGACAGGGAGAGGGAAAGGGACAGAGAAAAAGACAAGGAUAGAGAUAGAGACCGUGACAGAGACAGACGACGAAGCCAUAGAGACAGAGAGCGUGACAAAGACAAAGACAAGGACAGAGACAGAGAGAGAGAUAGGAAGAGGGAUAGAGACCGGGAUCGGGGAGACCGGGGUGACAGAGAGCACAAACGUGAUAGGGAAAGGGACAGAGAAAAGAGAGAGGAGAGAGGACAGGAUAAUGGAAUACCAGAGCUACCAGAACUACCGGAACAGCUGGAGGAAACGAGCCAGGACAAUUUCAUGGACCAGGAAUCCAUGAUGUCUGGAGAAGAUUAUAUGUCAGCAGAAAAUGGUUAUCAGAUGGAACAACCAUUGGAAGAAGGAUUGUAGAAUUUUUUUUGCCUCAUGGUUGAGGACAUUGUUCUGUGUGAUUGGACCAACUUGGUAUUCAUGCAGUUUUUGUCAUCAGUUUUCAUACGUGCAGUGUUCUGGGGGGAUGGGUGUACAAGCAUUGCGAUUCAUGUCUGAAAAUUGUCAAGUAGGUUUUUCUUCCAUUUUUUUUAAGAUGGUAAGUUUUACAGCAGGUAGUUUUAGGUUAAAUCCUGAAAUUACAACAUUAUAGAAGUUUACUGUCACCUGUGAACAUCCUUUUAAAGGAUAUCCAGUUAAACAUUAAAAAGUAAUUUUAAUCCAAAA